GCACACGAUACCUACAGUGCCAAGUGACUCACGAAGAUCCAGCGGAUCUUAAUCGGUACGACGAAUCGCUUAUGAAUAUUCAAAUUAGGCUGCAAAUUGCACUCUCUUUGCCGUUUGAAAAGUGCGCAAAGUUGGGAAACAACGAGAACCCAGUUACAUAAGUUAUUGUAGGAAGGAACCCCCAUCAGCAGCGACCGCGACCGGAGCUAGCUACUACCCUACGUCAACAACCGGCUCAAAAUUCAAGUCGAGUGUAUGGAAGUGUGUUCGGGUAAAGCAACAAACCGUCAGGUAGUGUGUUGGUGACUUAAUUGCACGGUGCCGUGGACUUUGUUGACAGUCUCGAACGUCUCAACGACGAAGGCAGCGUGAGCGGUACUCUGAGACCGACUCUCGAAGCACAUCGCCGCACCGGUCGAGCUGCGAGGGUGUUUGAGUUUCAGUAUUUUUUUUUAUAUUGUGACCAUUGACCGGUGUGCAAAUUUAAAAUGCAUUCACGUGUUCGGACCAAACUGUUGGUGAAGAUUGCUGUGUUAAUUGUUUUGACCAACGGUACCGCGGCGGUGGGAGCUGAUGCGUCGCCUAGCAGUACCGUUAGUGGUGGGGAAAAUGCGACUGGAUCAACGAAAUUGCCGAAAGUGACGAGUUUGACGGAGGUGCCGGCUGACACAACGAUUGUUCCGGCUUUGAAGACAACGGAACAAAGUACGACGGAACAAGUGACCACGUUAAGUGCGGAGGAAAUUAGUCAGAGUCCUACUACAACUGGUAGUUCGACAUUAACACCGGAUGAGGGUGCCACCGGGCAAGAACAGUUACCGAACUGUUCGAAAUUUGAGAUCUCCCAGCAGCAACCCGUCUACGACAAGGACUCCCACAUCAAAAAGUGCUGCCCGUUCGGUGAGAUAUUCGAACAAGUCAGUGCCGGUCGGCUCCGGUGCACUCCCGGGGAGCACAAGCUGGACAUCGAUACCGUCUACGCCGUAUUCUACGGUGACGCGGAAUGCAUCGAAGACAAGGACAACAAGCUGCACUUCAGCUACGAACCGAGUAACGCCUGUUUUGCGAACAAUUUGACGUUCCAGUACAGCAAGGACCAGGGCGAUGAGAUGUUUGUCAUCCAGAACGGAUCGCUACUGGUGAUAGCGGACGGGCAGUUCAUGGCGGUGUUCGAUCACUACUGCGUUGAGGUCGACGUCAGCGGGAGACUGUUGGCCAAGGCUUGCGACGAAGUGGAACCGAUCGUGCUCAAGUCCACGGCGGUGUUGAUUUACGUUGGAAUGGCGAUCGCUGCGAUUGGACUGGUGCUGACUUGUGUGGCAUAUGCGUUCGUUCCGAAGUUGAAUGACCUUUUCGGAUAUGUGCUGGUCGUGCACGCGGGUUCGUUCCUGGUGGGGAUGAUCUUGACCUCACUGGCUGUUUGCGGUGACCGUUGCGUUCUGCGAGGUGAUGCUGAUGUGCUCCAGAUUUUCGGUCACGUAUUCCUGAUGUCAUCAGUUUAUGCCUUCCUGAUGAUGAACGUCCACAACUAUGUCUACGCUGCGUACUACCUUCCAAAUGGAUUGGAGUUCGAUCCCAAAAACAAACGGGAUGUGUUCUUGUUCAUAGCUGUACUUUACACGAUAACCAUUAUUCCUAUGUUCCUGCCGUGGAGAAAUUCUCUCAUCUUCCAUCUCGUGCUAUACAUAUACUACUUGGCCAUAGCCGUAGUCCUGUAUCUUAGCCACCGUGCCAUACGAGCUCUGGCAAACAGUAAAUUCAUCAGGUUUGCCGUUUCGCAGCAAAACUACCACGAGUUGACCUACACGGAAGCAGUCAACGCUCAACCUCGCAUAGACGGGGAACGACUGAAGGACGUUAGGUCUAUAAACCGCCUCUGCACAGUGGAAGCCAUCUUCACGUUCAUCUGCUGGAUCCUGCUCAGCUCAAUGCAGCAAAACCUGGACAGUCAGUACGACGUCUUCCGCAUCGGGGCAGCCUAUGCCGUCACCUUCCAGGGAAUGCUCAUCGGGGUGCUGUUUGUGGGUGGACGCAAAAAGUGGACCAUCAUCCGGGAGUGCUGGAGCUACUCGGGCUCAAUUGAUUUGCACGCACUGGAGAUGGAACGCGAGAUGAAGACGCUGGAGCGAAAGGCUGUGAUAGGGUGGGUAACGUAGGAUGAUGGUGGGAAAAAGUCGACUGCAUAUUUAUUUAGUAUUGUUUUGAUUUAAGCGCAAUGACUGCGAGUUUGUUGAUGUUUACCAGUUUUAACGGUACGCUUAUUCGAGUUUGAUUAGUUUGUAAACGGUAGGACCACUAAGAGUACUAAGUAUUGAUUCUGUAGUAUUUAAUGGGCACAUGCAGCCGAAAUAUGUAGUAGGACCAAGGUUAUAUUUUCUGACAUUAAGUUUUAAGCUAAUUCUGAUGUUGACACGAAAUACAAUUUAACAUGUACAGCACAUUAUU